GUGCUGGCGGGGUGGUGAGGGGGGUUGCCUGCGAGGUGCUGGAGGCGGAGAGCAGGCUGGGCUCCGGCAUCCCCCUCACCCAGAACUCCCACCAAUCAGGUCACAGGGAGCUCAGCAUCCUCCGACGCCCGCACCCACCCACUCCCACAUGAAUGUGAUGGGGACAGACAGCGGGCAGACGUGUGACUCGGCCCACGGGACCUGCAAAGCCCCCGCCCUCAGUCUGAGGCUGGGACUCAGGCGUCCAGGUCCAGGGAGGAGGAACCAGAAGCAGGCUUUGGCCCCAGUGUAUGUCCCCGGGCGCUGUCUGCAGACUCACUGCAGAGCACAGGCCUUGGGGAGGGAGGCUCAGGGGCCUGGGCCCUGCCUCUCCGGACAGCCCUCUUCCACCCCCACCCAGCUGGGGAUGUUGCAUUAACAAACACUUAGACCCAGGACCCCUGCCUGGGAAGCGGGAGGGGACACCAGUCACCUCUGAGUCAGGGCCUCGUGCCUUCCAGGAGGCUGUCCCCAGCCUAGGGGCCUCUCUGGCACCCCCUCCCUGGCUCUAGCGCUGUGCCCCGCUUUUAUUUCCCAGCUAUUCCCCCAGAAAGGGUUGAUUUCAGGGCAGGGAAUGGGUUAUCCAGGAGAAUCUGCAGGUAGGCUACAUCCUAGAUCCCUCUAAGUUGCCACACCCAGGGGGAGGCCGGGACACUUCUGGUAUUCUUUGCCUUCUCUCCCUCCCCUAAGGUGCCCCCUCCCCACCUGCUUGUGCUGGUUAUGUAAUUAACCCAGCUGAGGCUCUCUGCCAUGCUGACAGUGUCCAGGGAUGCCUGAGAAGCCCAGGGCCCUGGAGGGAUUUAUGGGGAGGAGGGGCUGGUACUUCCCCCAGUUGGGAGCUCACAGAAAUAGAGAAGCACUUGUUGGGAAGGGACACUGCAUGGGACAGGAAGGAGAUGAGAGUCCUAGUCUUAGUUGACAGCUCAACUGGCUAUGUGGUCUUCACAUCCCUAAAUCUGUGGGGGUUUUUUUGGUUUUGUUUUUACCUUCAAUAAAAUGGGGAGAAUUGCACACACACACACACACACACACACAUACACACACACACACACACACACACUACAUGUACGUGAGCAACAGUGCAGUAGUGCAGAGUGACCCAUCUGGGAUGGCUAGGAGGUCCCAUUGUGAUCGAUGAGUGAAGGACCCCUGUGCAUAACAAUGGCCACUGUUUAUUGAACACCUACUCCGGCCUCACAACACCCUAUGGCCUCACAACACCCUAUGACGUUCCCUGCCGAAGAUCACAGUUUAGUCCAGGUGGAGGCCGCAGAGGGCCCAGGGCAAGCAGGGGCAGCGAUGAUUGGUCCUGACGGUGGCUGAGCCCCCAGCCCCUGGAAUAUGCAGCCCGGGGGAGCCCCAGGCAGCGGCGAGGACGAGGUGGCGGAGCGGGGCGGGAGGCAUGGUCUCCACCUACCGGGUGGCCGUGCUGGGGGCGCGAGGCGUGGGCAAGAGUGCCAUCGUGCGCCAGUUCCUGUACAACGAGUUCAGCGAGGUCUGCGUGCCCACCACCGCCCGCCGCCUCUACCUGCCUGCUGUCGUCAUGAACGGCCAUGUGCACGACCUCCAGAUCCUCGACUUCCCGCCCAUCAGCGCCUUCCCUGUCAAUACGCUGCAGGAGUGGGCAGACGCCUGCUGCAGGGGACUCCGGAGCGUCCACGCCUACAUCCUGGUCUACGACAUCUGCUGCUUUGACAGCUUUGAGUACGUCAAGACCAUCCGCCAGCAGAUCCUAGAGACGAGCAGGGUGAUCGGCACCUCGGAGACGCCCAUCAUCAUCGUGGGCAACAAGAGGGACCUGCAGCGCGGACGCGUGAUCCCGCGCUGGAACGUGUCACACCUGGUGCGCAAGACCUGGAAGUGCGGCUACGUGGAGUGCUCGGCCAAGUACAACUGGCACAUCCUGCUGCUCUUCAGCGAGCUGCUCAAGAGCGUCGGCUGCGCCCGCUGCAAGCACGUGCACGCCGCCCUGCGCUUCCAGGGCGCGCUGCGCCGCAACCGCUGCGCCAUCAUGUGACGCCGCGCCCCACGGGCCGCAGCCCCGGCGGGCCCGGGCGGGGAGGGGCAGGAAGAGAACUCCUGGGCCGCCCCCGCAGCCACGCUCUCCCCGGGAGAGGCGGAGGGCGAGAGGGAGCUUCUCCUUAGCUGCCCCGUUCUCCCGCCUCUCCCGCGUCUGUCUUCCUGGGACGGCCGCCUUUAGUGCUGUAGUUCGUGCAGAGCCCGGCCGGGCCCCUAGGAGCGCUGCCGCCCCUGGGGGUUGGGGGUGAGCGCGUGAACCGGAGGGCGGGGGUGGAGAGGUGCAUUCUUGACCGGGCCCGCAACCGUCACCUCCAGAAAGUGUCUGUCAUUGUUCCGCGUCUUCUUCUCCCGUGUCUGUCUGUCUGCCCAAGCGUCAGUUGGUCCUCAGCUGUCUUACCCACCCUCGCCACCUCCAGCUUCGUUCACAGGGCUCUCAUUUUAUCCACCCCCUGUCGCAGGUCCCGGCAGCACCUCUUCGUGAGGCCAGCCUUCUGACCGUCAGCACCACCGGCACGGGGCGGGGCGAUGCGGGUGGCCCAGGGACCACAACCGGGGUCCGAGGGUUGAAGUCCUGGAUCAGUCAGGGGGAGAAGGCAGAGCUCCCCCCGCUUCCAGGGAGACCUCCCUGCCCAACAGCCCCAAUAGACGCACCAAGCUACCUUCCAGCCUUAACUCGAUGGUCCGUCCCUGCCGGGUGCCCCUCUCCCACUUCCUGACCCUAAAGUCAGAUCACCCUCUGGGUUCAACAUUUUUUUCUUGACCGAGUGUGGAGAGGGAAUGCCCACAAAUGAUAGAUUUAUUUCCAUGAUGCCAGCUUCCAGUGGUCUGCCAGACUGGAGGAUGUUUGGGGGGGAGGGGGGAGUGUCUGGUGGUGGGCGGGGUGUGGAGGGAGACAGUCAGGUCGUGCCAGGGAAGACUCUUUCUCCCCAUCUGACCCCAAGCUGACUGCCCCAGACCUUGCCCGCCUUGAAUCUCAGAUUACCCCGAUUAAUCUGGGGAGGGGCGAGCCGGGAAAAGAAUUAUGGGAACCCCUAUGCUUGGGGGAGAUAUACCGGCAUCCCCACCCCUGGAUGGAGGCCCUCAGGAUCUGACUCCCCCUCGUCCCGACACCAGUUGGCCCCAUGCCUUGACUCACUCCGCCCCAUUUUCUCCGGCUGCCUGGCCAGUUUCUACCUCUUGUCACCGGAGCUGAUCACUGUCAGUUUUGUACCGAUUUAGAAAUAACAAAAGUAAUGAAGAUACUAGGAGUGACCUGCGGGAUUACUGGGGGAUUUGGAGGGCGGGAGAAAUGGUGCGAGUCCCCGGCCGCCUAGCCAAGUUCUCCCUGAGGCUGAGCCCUCAGCCCUUCUCUGGUGGGAGGAUAGCGAGGUCCCUUGUUAGAAGAGAGACGGAGAGAACAGCCUAGCCUCGAUGUAGCCAAGCUGUGGCGUAUAGACCAGGAAACCAGGUAGCUCGGGGUGGUGAUGGAGAGGAGUCUGGGGGAGGCGUCAUGGGUGGCAAACUUCUCAUCCAGAUCCAGCGUGAGAGGGAAGCUUCGAUGCUCUCUUCUGCUUCCCCAGGUGAUUCCCACUCCGCUCACUGGGGGUGACGCAGCCCGACAGUGACUGCCCUGACCUUGGGCAGUCCAGUAUUUUGGGGUUCUGGUCCCUGCUGUGCUGCAUGACUUUGGGCAAGUGACCUGCCCUCUCUGAGCCUCCCUCUGAAGCAGAGGAGGUGGCUCCCCUCCCCCCCACACCUUGGAGUGGCUGGGAGGGUAAGGAAGAGUGGCUGCCCCCCUUUAUCCCCUGCAUCCCUGCCCCCUGACUCACCAGGGGGAUGGGGUGAGUGGUGACAGCGUCUCACCUGCCCCAUCACUGUCACCCCCAGCUCUGAGGCACCUGAGGUGAGAGUGAGGGACCCAGGCCUCUGGCUGCCCCCUGUGGGAGCCGUUGGAAUGUAUUGCCUGGCUGGCCCCCUUCACCCACCCUCUCACCCCCGCUUCACCCCAGAUCUUUGAUUUUGAUUCCUUCCGCCCCCGUUCUGAGUGUCUGUCCUUCACCCUGCCCUCCCUUCCCCAGGGUUUCCCACCACAGGGUCUGGAAGUGUGUGUGACGCCCACUGCGCUGUGAUCAGAAGUCAGAUUAAAAAUCAGGGAGUGUUUUCCCUCGUUUCUGUA